UCGUUUCAUAACUAACCCGAAGUUCCGAACCUAUCCAUAACCUAAACGAUCCCAAAAACAAUGGUUUAACAGGUAAAAACCCAACCCAAGACACCAUUAAGAUCAACGAAAUGCGAAAUUGCUAAUGGAUCAAUUCGCAAUAGAUACUACCCACUCAAAAUCGUGUGGGUUUUGCUUGCGAUAAACAUAACCCCACAAUUUUUUCGAGCAUCAUCGAUUUUCAUUAUCUCCAUUUCUAGGGUUUCAACUUUCAACAUGACCAGAUCCAGAUCCGGUCAACCUCCAGAUCUUAAAAAGUAUAUGGACAAGCAAUUGCGAAUCAAGCUGAACGCAAAUCAGACAGUGGUUGGGACACUUCGUGGUUUUGAUCAGUUCAUGAACCUCGUCAUCGACAACACAGUGGAAGUGAACGGUGAAGAGAAAAAUGACCAGGAGACUGUGUGGUUGACUUUUGUUGACCGCAUAGAGUGUGCGACUUGACUGUUUUUACAUUAUUACCCUCAGAAUUAAACUGGAAAAACAGCUGCAGAUCCUCAUGUCCCUACUUGGGAAAAGACUAUGAAUGUGGCAUGCUAUUUGACGGACCCUCCAAAAGGAUUCGAAUCUUACAAGUCACUUAUUGUUGGAUUAAACUCAUGCAGAUUAGCUCACGCUUUUCGAGAAAAUCCGAUUAUACGCGAGGAUUGGAUAAAAGAUUUUUGGAAUAAUGCAUCGGCAAAGAAAGGAGACACAGUAAUCAAGUCAAAAGUUCAAAACAAAGUGGUUUCAAUUUCCGAGCAAGAUAUUCGUGAAGUAUUGCUUUUUGGGGAUGCUGCUAAUGAUCCAGUUGAUUACACGAAGGAGAAAGUUAUGGACGUUUUGAGCAAGAUGAGUUACGAGGGAUCGUAUCCUCCCACGACUAAGAAGUUGUUGCACCCUUACUGGAGAUUUCUUGCUCAUGUUUACUUAGUGUGCAUCAGUGGAAACAAAAGUGGCAUAGAUACAUUGACGAUUAGGCAGACUUCGGGGAUGGUGUCAUUAGUAGAGGGAUGGAAGUUCAACUACUCCAGAUGUGUUUUCGAUGAUAUGAUGGCGAACGUCAAAACUUUAAAUGAGAAGUAUUGGUUCAAGUUUCCCAGAUUUCUUCAGAUGGUUCUGGAAACCAAGUAUCCUAAGCUGCAGGCUACAGUGAAAAUCUACGAUACUAAGAUAAUGAACCACAUGGUCUUCUCGAUGUUGAAUCAGAAGUCAAGAGAGAAUGUGAAAGUUAAGUAUGAGAACAAGAAGCCGUUAAUCAAGUUUGGGGUGUUUUCUGAGAUUACUGAAGAGGUACCUGCACCAGUGAAUGCAACAGUGGUUGACGAACAUGAUGUUGUGAUAAUACAAGCCCCUCCUGGGUCGAAUGAGCCUGUUGAGAAUGUUGAUUUCACUGGGGUUGAAAGUGAAGAAGAUGAAACUGAUGACAGAAUGAUAGAUGAUGCUGAAGUGAGUGAGAACGUAGGUGAAAGAGAAGCAGAGGUUAAUACUGGGAGCCUCACAGCAGAAACUCAAAAUGUUGAAGAGCCAGUCAGUGUGAACCCUCCUCAUACUGAACCGGUUGCAAUUAGUACUGCUGAAACCGAAGAUGCUGAUGAAGAUCCUAUGGCUGAUCUUCCUCCUAGGAAACGAAGUAGAAAAGAUCCUAGGAUCAGUCGUGAGGAUAAUUCUGAAACAAGAACGACAACAGAAUCAACCUUGCCCGUUACUUCUGCACGACCACCAAUUCAUUACACACCAUCACCUCUUAGCCCUGCAAUCAUUGAUUUUAUACAAAAUGAAAGAGUUGCGAUGUUCAUACCAGCUCCUAAGCCUGGUGAAGGUUCGAGCAACAGUCCAUCGGAUGCAGAUGUAGUUAGAGCUGCUGAACUAUUGCAAGCUGUUGCUAGGGAAGUUGAAGCGGCAGCUAGGCCUAUUCAAGAAGAAACACAUGAAGCCUCAAGCAGUUCUGAUAGCGAUGAUCUGUUUGAAGAAAAUGAAACCACUAUUCUGAUGCGAAGAAUCACUGUUCUUGAAGAAGAUAAAAUCUUUAAAGAUGCUCAGAUUGCUAGUUUGAUGGAAGAGGUCGUUGUUAAGAAUCAGAAAAUUCAUGAGCUUGAAACGAAUCUGGGAGCUCUCACAACCAUAGUGAUGGAUAUGAAGCAGAAGCUUGAAGGAAAAUUUCUGAAGGAGUUUGCUGAUCCUCCUAAGGAAACUACUACUAAGGAGAGAGCCAAAGAACAGAAAGAACACGACGAGGCUAUGGAUCGUUACAUUGACAAUCCUCCUCGUACAGCAAAUCAGAAAUUGAAGAAAAAGAUGGUGGUUAUGAGGAAUGUGGGUGUUAAGAGGGAUCUGCAGUUUGGUGAUAAACCAGAUAGGUAUGUGAUUACAACUGAAAAGGAUAAGCAUGGAAACAGGUCUAGCAUUCUGAGCUGGUCUUACAAUGACGAGAUGGAAAUGUUCAUAGUAAAGAGAAAAAGUGGAGCCGUAGAAUACUAUGAUCAUUCUGAUGCGUUUAAUUCCUGGACAGCGGUAGACCUGAGAGAGUUGAGCAAUGCAACCUUUCAUAAUCAAACUGUAAAUCCAAACUGCAAAAUUAGAUGGAAUUUUUUUAACAAGCUACAGCAACAUGCUAGAGUUAACUUUAAAGAUAUGAAGUUAGCUCAAUCUAUAGUUCAAGAAGAUGAAGAGGUUGUGGAUCCUGCUACAGGCAAGCCUUACAAGACUGUGAAGUGGCCAGCUACAAAGCAAACUAAGACUGUGCUACUAAAAGAGCUUCCUGACAAUAGUCUGAAAGACUUGCAGUUUUGGAUGUAUGACCCUAUUAUAGGUCAGGCUGUAAUUGUUUGUGAUAAUGCUGAGUACAGGUUUUUGGAUACAAGAGACUUGAUGUGCUUUGGUGAGAAUGACAUUAAGCUCUUGGCGAAAACUCGGAUCCAAAGCGACCCUCAAUAUGAAGUCUGUGCUAAAAGUUGGACGGGUGCUGUAGCUCAGAUUAUGGGGUUCAAGUUGUGGUCAGGACAACGUACGAGAGUCGAGACUCAACUAUUCGGUCCAUACGUUGGAAGAAGGUUGCCUGAUUUGCCUGAGCUGCAGUGGAAACAGAAGAAACAAACAAAGAAACGCAAGUAAAGACGAAGCUACCAAGACAACAUAAACCUAGGGGGAUAUUGUAAAGCCAUAAACUAGUUUAGGUUUACGUUUGUCUUGGGUUACUUGUUUUGUUUGGGUUCAAUUACAAUAGUGGGCUUGUUUGGUGGUUUAAUGGUCGAAUGGGUAUGGGCUUGGCCCAAUGUAUUAGGUCAUCCUAUGUAUCUAUAAAUAGGGUGUUCCUUAUCAAGUUAACCUAAUACCUUUUCCAAUACUAAUCUAUACUUUAUAUAAAAUGGCAAAUGCCACUGACAUAAGAAAAGCUGAUGUGACAACCAUCCAAACUAGCCAACAAUACAUUUCUUAUGUCAUUACUGAAUCAUAAAAUACAUUUAAAAUACAUUUAAUCUAUAUAAAUUUCAAAACUCUACCCACAUUUAAAAUUCAAAACUUCUGCCACAUUCAAAAUUUAAAAUUCUGGCUCCACAUAUAUAUCAUACAGGCUUAACAUUCAAAAUUCAAGCCACACUUUCAAUCCAGAGCUCCCAUGGAGUUAUCUAACCCUAAAUAUCUACAACUAUACCAGGUAAGUUUUAAUACACUCUCUCUCUCUCUCUCUCUCUUCAAAUCCACCAUUCAAUCUAUAGCAAUUUCGUAUCAAAUCUCUAUUUUCACCUCCAAAAAGCGUCAAUAAUAACAAUAACCGAUGCUAGGGCUUUCGUACGGAGAGCUUUUCCUUCUCAUCGGAGCCACAACGGCUCUCAUAGGGUUUGGUACAAAAUCAAGCAAAAACAGAUGAGAAGUGUUGUAAGUAUCAGUUGUAACAAAACAAGACACAUUAUGUUAUCUUCAGGGAGCGUACGGAGUCUAGGCAAGCAUCAUCACCAUUAACCGCCGUGACGUCAGGCAACGAAUUCGCAGACCGGCGAUAUCGAUCAUUCGCUAUCUUCUUCCGGUUCUGCAAACUCGAGCAACUGAUCUAGGGUUUUCCGGUGCAUGUAGCACGCCGAUACGGCCACAAAUGAGGCUCCGACGAGUGUCGCCAUGGCUAGAUGCAAGGUGUAUGCGUCCAUUUUGUAUAGAUUCGUAUAAUGGUGGUGAAUGAAACAGGGGGUCUAGUCUGUGUAAAGUGUAAACCCUACUGAUGAAUUGAACAGAGGGUUUGUAUGAGAGGGGAUGAAUGUGGGGUAUUUAUAUUAGAAAAAAUACCCCACAAAGUCAACUUCAGGUUUGUUUAUUAUCGUUCGUGAGUUUUUAUAAUUUUUUAGUUCUGUUAAAUAUAUAUCGCUAUAUUGUUUGGAUAGUUCUUGGGAUUAUUAUUAUUGUUGCUCGAUUUGUUCAUCUUAGGGUUUGCUAGGAUUUGAAAGUUCAAAUUUGAACGAAUAUGUUUGUAGAAUGAAUGAUGCUGAUGAUUAUAAACAUUGCAGGUGAAGGCUAAAUUGAAAGUUACUAUUACUGUUAGAGGUGAAGGCUAAAUUGAAAAGUUGUCAACCUGAGUUAUAAUAAUUUAGUUUUUCGGUUAAAUAAUAGUGUUUUUUGUUUGAUGUCAAUUUGUUCAUGGUUGUCAGGGAGAUGCAGUCACAAAGCUCAAUAAGGAGAAGAUACUUUAGGCGGGCUUAGCGUAGGCUUGCAAUGCAAUGGCAUCCGGAUAAGUGGACAACGAAUCCGGAGUUUUUGGGGAAUGCUAAGCGGAAGUUUCAGCAGAUUCAAGUGGCGUAUUCUGGUUGUGGUCAUGUUUGAGGUGCGAGUUGACCAAAUAGGAUAAAUUCAACCCGAACUGGACAAGACAUAAUUUACUUACCGUGUAAAGAUGUUGGACCCAAACACACAUUACUGCACCGCUAGCUCAAGCAUGAUCCAAGUUUGGGCUGGCAAAACAAGCGGGAUGGAUAAUGGGUCAAACCAGGUUCAGUUCAGAAUGUGCCAAUUUCAAAACGGUUUGAUUUGUUUGGGUCAAAACUGGUCAAUUUAAAUGAAAAUUUAUCAUAUUGUUGAUUUAUUCAUGAAGAUCGACGAUAGAAACCAGCUGAGGAUGAACAGCAGCCAAAACAAAAAAUCCUGCAGCAGCAACAACAACAGGUUCAUAUGAUCAAGUCAAACAAGAUCCAAAAGGAGCAUUUGAAGAAACUAGCAGCAGUUAAGUUAUUAACAAAGAUCGUAUCACUGAUCAUCAACAUACAUCUCUAAAGCAACCGGUUCUAAAAUCGGUCGAACAGUAGCUGUAGGGAAAAAUCGUAACUUGAUCAAAAAGAAAAUAGAUCUGCUUCUCCCAGAUCAUUUCAACUUCAAGGAAUGCCAACGAAACGGUUUAGACCAGAGUACCCAAGAGUUUUGCAAAGAAUGCCUUCUUCAGCAAGAUACCCCAAGAACGUUUGGAACUUUCCUUAACAAAUCUCCUUCUUGGUACAAAUUUUCCAACAGUAUUAAUGGAUUCUUAACAACAACAAACUGCCUUACCAUGAUCGGUAGUUAAAUACCUGUAUGUGAAUGAAAUUCUCCGGACCAAGCCAAGACCUUUUGCUUUUGAUUAUUUAAGGCAUGCUUCCCAACGUAAA